AUGGAGAGCCUGAGUGAGCUACAGAACCCAUUGCUGCCUCGGAGCCCCACGCACCUCCAUAGCCCCUACCCCUACCCCGAGGCUUCUCCCGCCUGGCCGUGCAGGGAGAAGAUCUAUUCCUACCUCCUGGGCGGUGCUGGCCCUGCGCAUGCCCACCAACUCCUGGACCCCGGGUCCCUGCAGCUAGCCGUGGAGGCCUGGUACAGGCCCAGCUGCCUUCUGGGGAGGGACAAGGUCAAGGAGCCCAGGGCAGGCAGCUGUGAGACCAGCUUCACAGAGGGCAGAGAACCCCCGGCUGGGCCUACGGAGCGGUCCACAGAACCUGGCCAAGUGGAAGAGGAUGUCACUAUCCAGACUGUGUCCUACGGGGUUCAAGAGGAGCUCCAAGGCCAAGAGGGUGACCAGGAGGAAGAAGAGAGUGACGCCACAUCGACGGAGAGUGAAAGUGAAGACAAUUUCCUUACGCUGCCUCCCAGGGACCACCUGGGUCUCACCAUCUUCUCCAUGCUCUGCUGCUUCUGGCCCCUGGGCAUCGCCGCCUUCUACUUCUCCCAGGGGACCAGCAAGGCCAUCUCCAAGGGGGACUUCCGUCUGGCUAACACCACCUCCCGCCGGGCCCUCUUCCUGGCCACACUCUCCAUCGCUGUGGGGGCUGGCCUCUAUGUAGCCGUGGUGGUGGCCCUGGCAGCUUACAUGUCCCAGAAUGGCCACGGCUAG